GCAUAUAAUUACCAGCAACUGGCGCUGGGUAGGCAAAGCCGGGAGAAACUGCUGAGACGAGGUGGCAGUGGGGACCACGUGAGAUGCUGUAUGUGGUCUUGAGCAAUAAACCGCACCUGUCGGGGGAGGUGGGUGAGGACACCUGCAGCCCCUCGAACCCACCACUUUUCUCUUCCAGGCCCUUGCCCAGGCUGUGGCCUCUGCCAGGAACCCCUUUUCUUCCCACGCAAACCCUUCCCUUCAGUGCCUCUUUCUCUGGGAAGCCCUCUCUGUUGCCCAGCCCAUCCUCUUCUGCCCACUCUGGGUUUCGCACCCCAUGCUCAGGCGAUUGCCUGCUUUGCAGACAGGGCUGUGAGCUCCACGAGGGCAGGAACCACAUGGCUGUUCACAGCUGUGUUGCCAGGGCCUGGCCUGGAGCCCCUCAGGAAGUGAGACAUCUGAAUCCUCUGCUCUGUGACCCUGGCAGCCAGGUAGAGCCACUUUGGCCAGGGCACCCAGGCUUGGAGCAAGCAGCAGCUUCAUGGGUGGGGAGCCACGUUUCCCCAGCACAUCGACAGGCCCUAAGAGGGCAUUCGCUUGGUUCUGCCCUCAGAGCACUGAUGCAGGGACACUGCCCUUUAUGUGUGCCACCUAAGAGAGGAUGCAACCUUAGAGGGGGCAGGGAUAAGCAUGGUCCCAGGCCCUGUUGUCCCCUCCUAAGAUAGUUCCCAGUUCUGCCUGGCCAGCCCUGGCCUUUUGCCUGUGCUGUCUGGGACAGUGGGUCGAGCUGCCGCUGA